AUGACUGCCUCCACUGAAAGUGGUUGCCUCUCCAAGGUUGCUACAAUGCUUCUUAUUGGGGCACUGAUGGGGAGCUUUGAAAGAUCAGGAGCACAAUCCAUUGGUGUUUGUUAUGGAACGCUGGGUGACAACUUACCUUCGGCGCGGGAGGUUGUUGAUCUUUACAAGUCCCGGAACAUCCAACGGAUGAGAAUCUAUGAUCCGAAUCAGGCCGCUCUUGAGGCUCUUCGUGGGUCCAACAUUGAACUCACCGUCGGCAUCCCCAACGACCAACUCCAAGAGAUGGGGACCAACCCUUCCUAUGCUAAUGCAUGGGUUGAUAGACACAUCAGGCCAUACUGGCCUUCUGUUAGAUUCAGGUACAUUGCUGUUGGCAAUGAGGCAAUACCCGGUCCAAAUGCUCAGUACAUACUUAAUGCCUUGCAAAACAUGUACAAUGCACUUGUGCGGGCCGGCGUCGAUCAGAUCAAGAUCUCGACGGCGAUCCAUAUGGCUGUCCUAGGAAAUUCCUACCCUCCAUCACAAGGUUCAUUCUCAGCUGAGGCAGCCCAGCACUUGAAUUCCAUCAUUCCUUUCAUAAACAGCCAGCAGGCACCACUCCUGGCCAAUGUGUACACCUACUUUGGCUAUGUCGGCAACCCAAACGACAUCUCUCUAUCUUAUGCGCUAUUCACAUCACCGACGGUUGUGUCGGAGGACGGAUCACUUCAAUACCAAAACCUGUUUGAUGCAAUGGUGGAUGCACUCUAUUCAGCUGUGGAGAGGGUGGUGGGGACUAAUAUGGAGAUUGUGAUAUCAGAGAGUGGCUGGCCGUCGGCAGGUGGAUUUGCGGCCACAAUAGACAAUGCGCAGACGUAUAAUGCGAAACUUAUCCGGCACGUGGGCCGUGGGACGCCGAAGAGGCCUGGGAAGCCUAUUGAGACUUACAUAUUUGCCAUGUUCAAUGAGAAUCAGAAGCAGCCACCAGGCAUUGAAAGGAAUUUUGGGCUGUUCCACCCAAGCAAAGAGCCGGUGUAUGACAUCAACCUCACUGCUUGA